AUGAUCUUGCUCCUCUUCUUGUUCGGUCUGACUCUGGGUGCUCCUUCUGAGUCUUCUGAGUCUCCUUCUGAUGACAACUUGAAAGUGAAACUACUGCGUGGGAACUGUCCCAUGUUCUGGUGGAACUUCAAUGGCCGCUGCUACAAAUAUGUGGCCACACACAUGACCUGGGCUGAUGCAGAGCUCUACUGUGUGUCACAGCGAGCCAACCUGGUGUCUAUCUACAGUGAGGAGGAAGAGGAGUUUGUAAAAUCUUUGAUUAAGAACUUUGACCAUGCUGAGGGACGCACCUGGAUUGGACUGAGUGACCUCCAUAAAGAAGGCAGAUGGAUGUGGUCUGAUGGUUGUGCAGUGAGUUUUGUCUACUGGCAUGCUGCAGAGCCAAACAAUGGUGGAGGAGCUGAACACUGUGGUCACAACAACUAUGAUACAAAUAAGAAGUGGAAUGAUGUACCGUGUUCUGUAACUUAUACCUCUGUUUGUGCUACUCGUGUAGCUUGCCCAUAG